CUCGACCCACUCCCUCCCUCCUCCUGCUGCAGACGACGCCUCCUCUCCUCACUUGUCCUCCACGCCGCUUCUUCUCCUCCUCCUCCUCCUCAUCCAUCUCCAGUUCUCCGCGCCAGUCGGGCCCACGUAUCUGUACAUACCCCAGACGUUCACACACGUUCACGAAGCUACCGGCCCAUUAGCUAUCUGCAUUUUGCGCUGACCCUCGACCCUGGCCUCCGUUCGUCCUGGCUUGAUCGUUUCUUGCCUCGAACCCCGUUCUCCCCCAUUACUUAAAGACUGCUCCCCACCCCUUCCCCGGAGUAGAAAGAAACCCUCCUCCAUCAAAGUUGUGUGCCGUCUUCCGUGGAGUUUGCCUACUCUUGCUACAAGAUACCCCCUAUACUUAUUCUUCUCUUGGUUACAUCCUUGCCUUAUUAUCUCUUACACCCGGAAGACUACACACAAUGGCCACGCACGAGGCUCAUCACAACGCCGUCCCUCCACAGGACGUGGAGAAGGAUGUGCAUACCUCUGGUGCCGACCACUACAAUGGUGCCAAUGGUGCUCAAGUAGGCCAAAACACAUACUCACGACAAGCCGGGCCUUUCUCCCGCGUUGCCGACUACCGGAACAUGACUGAAGGAGAAGCGCAGGCAUUCGGCGGUUCGCUCCAACCCGGCGUAUGGAAGCCGUAUGAGCACAGAAAGUUCGCCAACCCGGCGCCCCUCGGUCUCUCGGCCUUCGCCCUCACGACGUUCGUCCUUUCUUGCGUCAACCUCCACGCUCGCGGCGUGACUGCGCCCAACAUUGCCGUCCCUCUCGCCUUUGGAUACGGAGGUCUUGUCCAGCUCCUCGCUGGCAUGUGGGAGAUGGCCGUUGGCAACACCUUUGGUGCCACUGCCCUUUCAUCGUACGGCGGUUUCUGGAUCGCAUACGGCAUCCUCUUGACCCCCAACUGGGGCAUCACCGCCACGGAUGGCCCCUAUGCCGCCAACUACUCUGACCACUACUCGGCUGUUGGCUUCUUCCUGACGGGCUGGUUCAUCUUCACGACGCUGCUGCUUCUCUGCACCCUGCGCUCGACCGUGGUCUUCUUCUCCCUCUUCUUCACCCUCGACUUGGCCUUCCUCUUCCUCGCCUGCGAGAACUACGCCGCCAACAACGGCGCCUUGACCGCGUCGCGCAACUUGCAGAUUUGCGGUGGUACUUUUGGUAUGCUUGCCGCGUUUUUGGCGUGGUAUUGUGCUUUGGCAGGUCUUCAAGACGAUAGCAACUCCUUCUUCCAGGUUCCCGUUUUCCACCUCCCAUGGUCCGACAAGGGCAAGGAGCUUCGCCGGGCCAAGAGCAACGUCGCCUAA